GCGGCAGCCAGCGGAGCGGGCAGGGCGGGGGGAGGAGGAGGAGGCAGAGGAGGAGGAGAGGCUGGGGAUGAGUUGGAGGCAGGCACAGCCUCAGCGCAGGGAGAGACGCUGCCGGAGACAGGCAGGGGGAGGCGGCGAGGCGCCCCGUCCGCUCCGGAGGAGGCCAGCCCGGCGCGGGGGAGAGCGGCGGGGCCCGGGGAGAGAGAAGCUGAUGAGAAAUCCUUACCACUGGAUUCUGGAAACUCUGGAUGCAGGAGUCUGGAUGCUCCAAAUUGAGAUCACACUCAAUAUUCACAACUAGAAGAAAAAGGAAGACUCUCCCGACUCUCUGAACUUCAAGGAUAUCAUUAUGUUGUGUUGGAGGAAUUUAAACUAGGCAAGACUUCUUUGUGAAACAGUUCCAGAAAGUGAGCGUGCCUGAGGGGAGAGGAGCACAAGAGAAGAGAGACAAUUGAACAUCACCAGUGGCCGAGACCUGAAAAAAUGGUACUGGAUGAACAGAGGAUUAGAACUUAAUUGUAAAAGGGAAAUAAAGUCUUGGCAGGCGAUUUGCUUCAUUUCCACAUUCAUCAUGGCCCAGAUCCUCUGGCUGGCUGGUUGAUGGGACUGUCCAGCGCUUCCUACUUGGAUCCAGCACAGAUCCCCUCUGCCUACAGAUCGAAAGACCUGGGAUUGGGUGGGAACUGGAUGGUGCCAAAUAUGGGAAUGGAAAGAGAAAUGGACUCUGACGAGCUAAGAUGGAAGUGACUUGACAGCUCCAAGCUCAGCAGUUGUCUCCAGUAAGGACAGGUUAAGCCGGGAAUCUCAAGCUUUGCUGGGAGAGCAGUAUGCAGGAAGCUGGUUUUCAGGCCACAAAUGCUUUCACAGAGUGCAAAUUCACCUGCGCCAGUGGUAAAUGCUUGUAUCUUGGUUCAUUGAUUUGUAACCAACAGAACGACUGUGGGGAUAACAGCGAUGAAGAGAACUGUCUGCUUGUAACAGAGCAUCCACCUCCAGGCAUCUUUAGCUCUGAACUGGAGUUUGUUCAAAUCAUCAUUAUAAUUGUGGUUAUAACUGUUAUGGUGGUAGUGAUCAUCUGCUUGUUGAACCAUUACAAACUCUCGACACGCUCCUUUAUCAACCGGCAGAGCCAAAGCAGAAGACAGGAAGAAACUUUGCAGACGGAAGGGUGCUUGUGGCCUUCAGAAAGCUCGGUUUCGCGCCAGGGUGCUUCAGAGAUCAUGUAUGCUCCAAGGUCCAGGGACAGGUUUACUGCCCCGUCUUUUAUGCAGCGGGACCGUUUCAGUCGCUUCCAGCCCACUUACCCUUACAUGCAGCAUGAGAUUGACCUUCCUCCGACCAUCUCCCUCUCCGACGGGGAAGAGCCACCGCCGUACCAAGGUCCGUGCACCCUGCAGCUCCGGGACCCAGAACAGCAGAUGGAGCUCAACCGGGAAUCUGUCAGGGCACCACCCAACCGAACCAUUUUUGAUAGCGACUUGAUAGACAUCUCAAUGUACAAUGGGGGCCCCUGCCCACCGAGCAGCAAUUCGGGCAUAAGUGCAACCAACUAUAGCAGUAACGGAAGGAUGGAAGGACCACCCCCGACGUACAGCGAGGUCAUGGGGCAUUACCCAGGCUCCUCUUUUUUCCAUCACCAGCACAGCAACGCGCCUCCUUCCUCGCAAAGGGGGAGCAGACUUCAGUUUCAGCAGAACAAUUCAGAGAGCACAAUAGUCCCCAGCAAAGGCCAAGACCGGAAACCGGGAAACCUGGUCUAAGAUACUCGCCCAGGUGCAUUUGAACUGAAGAUGAGAGGUUGAAGCAGGGCGGUGGAGGAAGACCCCCAUGCUCCGGUGCACAAUGUUGUUAACGUUUCACGUGGUACAACUUAGUAAAACCAAACGUGCAAACCAGUUCUUUGUUUCUGAUUCCUUUUCAGGGGAAUUGCAUGCAAAGCAGAUCGAAAGAAAUACAAACUUCCAUUCAGUUUGUCUACAAGCAGUGUUUCAGGGGAGAGGGGGGAAUAUAUUAUUUUUUUUUUAAUAAACUAUUUCAAUUAUUUAAUUCUAAAAGUUAACUUAGCACAGAAAUGAGGCUUGUAUGGCCUGUUUUAUACUCACUGAAUGGCAGAAGAAAGAAGGUGGAUUUGCUGGAUAAACGGGGGAAGAAUUGGCCAGUUUGCUUUUUUUUUUUCCCUCCCAGGGUGUGGAUUUUUUUUUAAUAUGAAACAAAAUUCCUGUUUUGUGUGCCAAGGUAUAAAGUUGAGAACUUAGAUGAAUGCAAGGAAUUAAUUUGUGUUGUGAUAAAUGUGUUUUAAAAAGUUGCACUAUCUUAAUGUUUUAAAAAAAAUAUAUAUGAGGGAACUAUUUUAUGUGAAGUUCUUCUAUAUGUUGUCUUUUCACCUGUGGAAUGAUGAUAGAGCCCCAGAAGUAAUCUGGAGGAGUUUGCCCCCCUCCCCCUGGGUUUGCUAGAAAAAGGGGACAGGACUUAGCCUAACAUCUCUUGACUUUUACGAAUCAAGAAAUACAGGGACACUUAACUCGUCUUUGCAAUAAUUUGCAUUCAAAUAACAGUGCGUCCAUGAAGUGUCUUGGAGACUUUUGGAUGGAAGAAGGCAAAUAAGAAAUCCCAGCAUUUUCCAUCACUUAGGGUUUAGCUGUUUUGCAGUGUAGACUAUUUGUUUCGUAAAUGGCAAAACAAAAUCCCAGAUGUGUUAAUUUGUAUUGAUUCUAACUAAGUGCUGCCAUUCUUAUCAUAAUGCAGUAUCGCCAGUACUUAUGGUUUUAGAGAUUUUUGUCCUCACUGUAGCCUGAAAUGUAUUUAGUCACAUAUCAUGACAUUAUGCAAUAAAUUGUUUAAAAACGCAAGGUGGGUUUUCUCCCCUGCGAUGCUGUUAAAAUACGUGAGACUCUGUUGUGCUUUUCACUCUCCGUUUCAUCCUUCACGUACUGAAGUUCAGUCCUGGAGAUCCAUCCUGGUGAAGCGAAGGGGCCUUUGUAGCUGUAACCCCCCCCCGUUCCCCCGUGGACUUUCCGCAGCAGUUCCGAGAGCAUCCGUGACAGCAAUGCUGCGGCUUCUGCAGCAGCGUGGGAGCACCAGUUAUUCCCACCACAAACCAUUUUGCUCCGGGCCCUGUUGCGGAAAACCCUCCUCCACGCGUGUCGCCCGGUUGACGCCCGCAGGACUGACGCUCGUGGGUAAAGGUGACUCGCGUAUUAACUAAGUGUCUGUAAGCCCUGGUUUUGCCACGCUGGUCCGAAGAGUGGUUGGAAAGUGUUACCUGGCUGUGAAGGGGCAAGUGGGGUGUCCCUUGCCCGGCCGCUUCUGUGCAGAAGCACACGCAGCACCGGGCGGUGGGUGACAAAAGGUGACAGUGGCAUCACGAGCACAUGAAAAAGCACAACUUGCACUUAAAAUGCGUUUCGGAAAUGGACUUAAAGUAAGAACCUUUAGAGUCUUAGCUUGAAUAGCUUCUAAUAUAUAUGUGUGUGAGUGUGUCAUAGACCUUCUCACUUUAAGAUCUUUCACCUAUUUUUUUCCUGUUUCCUCAAGCCUCGUGCGUGGUUAGGCCAGCAGUCCCGUGGCUGGAGGCUGGAUUUCUGCAGGACUUCUGUGCACCAGGGGCUCUGAUCACUGAAGUGCAUCUUCGAUCUAUGCAGAGUUUUAAUGCCAAAACAGUAUGCGUGUCUGUGUGUGUGUGUGUGUUACGGGCCUCGGUGUAGAUUGUUUACUUCAUAAGGUAAUUUGGUUUUAUUCUAGUUUAGAACAUGUUUGUGUAACUGUUAGUCUGAAUACACGGCCUCAUUUGUCUCUGUAUUUGUUUUUUUGGUCUGAGUCAUGCUGGUAAUGCGGAGUAAAGCUGCCUUUUAAUUUAUGUGUUAUUUGAAGGGUGAGACAGAUUGUAUGAUGGAAUUUGCUUUUCUUUUUUACACUCAGACUCACAGGACAGGUGUUUAGGAGAUGACUAGGUGGCUGUCAGUCAGCUAGGGCUCUUGUCAUGUCUGCUUCCUGGGAAUAAAAGCUGUGAAAUUAGAUUUUUGCAAACAACCUAUGUACAUAAUUCUUAGUUUAAAAAAAAAAAAAAAAAAAAAGGCAAAACCAGAACAUGUUUGGUUUGGUCUUCAAUGACUUUUGGUGUCCUUCAGAAGUGAGUUUUUAAAUCAGAGAAUGUAUGUGCACCUGCACAGGUACUGUGCUGUUGCCUGAGCUAGGGUUAUUUAGCCUUUAGGCAAGAACAGCUGGAACUCAGUUGUCAUGGCAGAGCACACCUGCUCUGGGCCCUGGGUUCAGUACCAGCUCUUCCCCGUGCACAAUCUCAGUGAAGUGAACCUUGAAGUUGCCUCCAGAGUCACCUCUUGGGAACGUGCUCGCUUUGAAGACAGCCCUUAGCCAUCUCUGCAUGCCGGUGCAUUUACACGCUUACCAUUAACAUUGCCCGAUACGAUGCGUGCACUGUUGUCUCUUUAAUUUUUCUUUACGUGGAACAUGUUACCUGUUUCAGUUCUGUAGAAAAGAUUUGUUUAAGAAGAACUUAGUAUUUGCUCACCUAAUGGCUGCAUUUCCUCUUGCAUCUUCACCUGCUCAUCAUAUUCCGCUGCCCUAAGCUCAUGUGCAGCCAGAAUACGUGUCAGCUCUGAAAAUGUUGUCACCUGUUGCUUGCUAUAGGUGAGCUUGCAAUCUGGGGUCUCUUACAGGAGUAAAUAUGGUAUUUUCUGAUGAAUAUUAGUGAUCUCCCAUGGGAAUGCUGCCAGUAGUAUAAGGUUGCAAUAGUAUGUGUUUUCCUAUUUUUUUUCUUUUAUUGCCGUGAGAGAAAAUACGCUCUUCCUAACAGAACAGAAUGGUAAAAGAAGUAAUACCAGAAUUAGAUACCACUGUCAAUCUUUACAGGCUUAGAAAUUGGCGAUCUCUGAAGAUAGGUAAUUCUAUGAAGCUUUUAUGGAAAAAUCCCUUUGAAAAUACCAAGAAUUAACAAACUGUUUUCCACAGCCACUCAAAUGAAGCUUUGUAAAUCCUAAAAGAUUUCUUCAGACAUUGUAGAUUUAAUUACAUAGAUUAUACUUCAGUACUGGUGUUUUGGUUUAUGUGUUUCAUGCACAAAACUCACAUCAUAUGUGUGUGGCGUUUUCUGUGUGAUGGAUAAUAUUAGCCUGAGUUGUGGUUGCAUCUUCUCUUCUGACCUUUACCCAGUAAACCCAUCUUCCCAAAAUUCAAUCCAGUCAUGUCCCCACUUUAGAAAUUCUCAAGUUAAAGAUUUUAUUUUAUUGGGUUUUUUUUUUAAUGUACUUUUAAUAAAUAAAGCAUUAUGACCAAGGUUGAUUUUUCCCUUACAUGGCUUGGCACGGCUCCCUUCUUGGUGUUAAAUACAUCCCGUAUUUGAUGUUUUCCUGUUGUCCUUCAGGGCUGGAAAAGACAGGGGGUUUAGCCAUGGAAAAGAGGUUUCUCCCCAAGUUUCCCAAGGGAGUGCUUGGCUGUGACUCUGGCUGUACACGUAGCCUGGUUGUGGUUGGGUCCAUGUGGGUGCUGCUUGAGCAGGCUCUGUGCGGGUGAUGCUGCUUUCCAGGGAUGAGUGAGGAAUAUGACGACCAGCACCUGGUCAGCGGGGCAGCAUUCAGAUCCCUGUCCUGUAGCUUGUGGCAUAUGCAGAAUUCACAGUAGUUUGCAUAAUAGGUUGGUUUUUGUCAGGGAGGAAGAGCUGCUUAAGCUGCUCCUAAUCUUGUCACUGGUGAGCUCUGCGCUCAGCACAGUCUCAGUCUGAUGUCACUUUAUUACAGCGUGCUUUUUCCUUGUAAGUAGAAAAACGGGGGCACUUGCCCCACGUACCAGGUCUUGAUGGCCAGUGCGGCAGGUAUUUAUGUCCCUGCAGUCGUGGAAUUUGCAGGAACCAGGGGUCAAGCUGUGCUCCUUUGGCUUCUUUUAUUAUUAUUGCUUGACCACUUCUUCCACCAAUUUGUCCCAGCUGGAAGCUGCUUCUAUUAUCCCAAAUCUCUUAAUUUUUGUGUUGCAGAAAUUAAAGUUGCUGAGAUUUUUUUUUUCCGUUCUUCCCCAUGAAUGCAGUUCAGGGAAGAGCAAUGACAUUGUUUCGGAAAAGAAAGCACUGUCUUUGCCAUAGGGAAGAAAGCCUUGUCCUGCUGUAGCGUCCCCGUGUGUUGGCUGUCCGAGGCGGUCAUUUGUAACCCGGCCAGGUAGUGAGAUAUUGGACCUUAAAACUGACACUCUCAUCCGCGAGGAAUGUUUGGAUGGUUUAGAGAAGAUUUAUUACUCUGGCUCUUGAGCCCUUAAUGCUCAUCGUAACUAAGGUAACCUGAUUUCAUAGGCAAAGGAAAAGAAAAUAGUAUGCUGAUGAAAAUAGAUAUGCUCCAAAAUUGUUCUUUGCUGUUUUUUCAUUCCCCCGUGGAUAAACAGUAGGUUUGCUGGUACAUUCAAAGGUAUUUAGGAUUAUUCACAAGUUCUCUCUGGUCAUUACCAUUAAGCCCUGUCCGUGCAUGUGUGUGUGUGUAUACAUACGUGCCUGCAAACUUGUGCCUGUAUCCUACCCCUUGAUUACCUAUAUAUUAGUUACUAUUCCAGAAUCACCUUCCAGAAGUGUUAAAUGGCUAUAUAUUGUGUUCUCAGGAACAAUGACAGGUCAUUUGUCAAACAGCUGGAGGUGUGAGGAAUAUUUAAUUUACUUUUUCAGUCCUGUAAAUGUCACAGCUCCAUUCUUACCAGUAGGGGAGUUUCUUUCUCUGCAAAUUCUUGCCCAUGACCUGGUGCAUCUUCCAUCCAACAACUCUGUCCUUUUGGCUGAGGUUUGAAAAAUCCUCGUGCUUUUGGGACAACCUAAUGUAGACCUCAUGUAUUGACGUGCAGAAAGGAUGGAUAUCUCAGAAGCCUAUUUUUUCACACCUAGCUGAUGCUGAGAACUGAGUGAUCCGUUUGUACGGCAGGUUCAGAUGAAGGCUGGCUUUUGAUUACAUCUUUGCUUUUUAGAUGAAGGCUGUUGCAAAUAAUUUAAUUACACAUAUCUGAUCUUUUCCCACACCGUGUCGCCUGUUUGCCAACCAGCACUAUUACAACUUUUCUCCUAAACCAGCCCUGAAUGUGUCAGUUGUUUAAAUCCCUGGAAAGAGGCAAUCUUGCUGAAUUGUCUGAGACCUAUCGAGGCCUGUUAGAGGAUGGAAAAGUCCUUUAUGAGGAUGUCUUAAACUUACUGAGGUUUCCUGUCCAAAGACUCUGUUCUGUAUGUUUCAUUAGGAAAUAGAAGUUUUGAGAGUGGCCCAGCUGAAAAUGUUGGUUGGUAAGAUGUUUGGUUUUUUUUUAAUACUUAAUAUAUUAUUUGCCAGUCUAUGCUCAUUAAUUGGAGUGUAAAUUACCAAGAUCAGCCCUAUGGCACCUCUUUCCAGCAAACCCCAGUGCAGGCGAUGUCUCAGCCUCCAUCAAGGGCUUUGUCACACGGCCAAGUACCACAGACACACAGCGGCAGUCUGCUGGCGUUUCCUUGAAAUCGCAACUAUUUGCAUUAAAUAUAUUUCGGGGCCGCUAAUGCUGUUUUUAUAACUACUCCCUACAUUUCUUCUGCUUUCGAAAGGGAAAAACUGAGCACGAUUUUAUAUGGACAAGUGUUGCAAACUCUCCUGGCUCUUACUUCUGCCUUGCUGCCCUCUCUUCCAUUCCCAGACUGAACACAAGCCACUCUGGUAUCGCUAGCAUCGCUUUCCUGCUAUAAAAAGCUUACCUUACAAAGAAACAAACUUGUAACCUCGAUACUUCCCUCCGACAGCCGCCUCUUGUGUGAUUUACUGCCCGAGAUGACUCUUGUCAUUUUUCUGCUAUAUUUGCUGCUGCUGUUUGACAUGGUUUGGUGCGCGAGCUUUCUGGAACAACGUGGUGUGUGUAGGAUCUCGUGGGUGAGGAAGCCGUCGUCUUUUCUUCUUCCUUUCUCUCUGUGCUCACCUGUCUGCCGUGAUGGGGUUAUUAGUAAAUGAUAUCUGUCCGUAUUAGAUAUAAUUUGGAGGAGGUUUGCAUGUCGGUAGUUGGUAAGCAACUAAGGUGCCUCAUGUUCAGGUCUGAUCAGAUAGGAAUCCCAUUGCACUCGAGAGGGCCUGAUCCAAACCCGCUGAAGUUGGUAGGAGGACUCUUGACGACUUCAGGGGACUUUGGAUCAGGCCUUGAGCUCCCACCUUUGUUGUGCCUCACUUAAAAUGGUGCUUUUUCCAGUUGUUUGUCUUUUUUUCCUUUUUUUUUUUUUCUUUGUAUGGUGCUGUGUAUAACUUGAACAUAUUAUGCACAUAUCCUACCCAAUGGGUAGAACAAACAAACACAGAGAAACAAAUAGAUGUUGUUAAUACUGUAAGAUAAUGUAUAGAUGAUACCAAUUUUAACACCCACAAAAAUGGCAUAGACUUUGUGAAUGCCAACUUCUGUGCUUGGUCCUUUUUUUAAGAAAAUUUGCAAAUGAAUGCAUACAAAUGACGAAAAGUCUAUGUACUUUAUUUUCCUAUUAAAUAUCAAUAUAAUAUCAUAAGGGAAGAAGUUUGAACAAAUCCUUUUUGACUAGCUCGUGUAUAGUGAUUGGUCGUUUGAUGCAUCUUUGCUGUGAAGAUUUGUUCUUUUUUUUUUUUUUUUUUAAUGUGUCACUUUAAGAAAAAGGAAAAAACACAAAACCUCCACAGCUUUAACCUUGCAACUAUAAUAGAUGCUUCUCGUAUUGGUUGUUGCCUCGCUAUUGCUGAGUUGGACCAGUAUUAGUUACUGCUGCUCCAGCAGAUACGUUAUUUAUUAUUAUCCUUGAUUACUUUUUUGUCUUUUAAUGGGCUAAAACUUUUGGAAUCUUUUUAUCCACAUCCUAGAUUUGCAGUGAAGCUCAGACGAGUGGGAACUGACCCAACCAUCCCUGCAAAAAUAAACCCAAGCCAGCGAGAGCUUUGUGACAACAGCCAGCCCUUGCACUCUGCCCACUGCUAGUCCUGCCCUGGCAAAAACUCUCCUCGCACUUGGGGGGUAGCCGGGGCUCGCUGGGGACCCAUGCAGCUGCAGGGGUACCAGCUCGAGGGUCAGUGACAAAAUCCGCGGUUUGGCAGCGAGCUGAAUGCCGGGUUUGAGCAUCAGCUUUGAGUCGGCAGCACUGCUGCAUCGGCCUCUUGACAGCAACGGCUUAACCCAGGUUUGUAUUUUAGGGUGAUGGAGGAAUGCCUAGACCUGUUCAGACCCAAUGUGGAAAGUAAUGCAAGGCUUCUAACUUUCUGCCAGGCUCCCUCGACAGUUUGGUUCCCGCUCCGGUGUCUGCGGGUGUUUGGCUGUCCCUCCCCGUGCCCCCACCCGGGCUCUUCGGUAAAGCAAAUACCUCAGGAAAACUCAGCAUGAAGUUCUAGUGUAGAGAUUCGCAGAUGCUGUACUUAUUUUUCUAAACUGUUCUAACUAUCCCAGGAUGGUAGAUGAUUAAAAAGUUUAUUGGUCCGAGACAGACUUUAGUCCUCUCACAGAUGGAUCCCGACUAAUCUUUCCAUAGAUACCCGUGUCUGUGUGUAGCUUUUUUAUACUUGUCAGGCUUUAACCACAGAUGGAAGGUAGUAGCAAUGUGUUGGGGUACGUUUGAGGUGGCGUUUCCAUUUGGUUUUUCAGAUAAGUAGCUAAACGCUUUGCUAAAACUCAGGGGGCCUUACCUGAGGCCCAGUGAAGCCGAUGGUGAGGCCUCUGGUCUGUCAUGCCUUGGAGCACGGUCCUUCACGACCUCUCUGUACACCUGAAACUUCAGCUACACCUUUUGUCUGUAAAUAUAUAUAUAUUUUUUAAAGCUCUCUCACAGGAGUCCUGUAUCUGAACAUUGAUCAUGGUUGUUUUGGUUUUUUUUGUUUUAAAGAAAUGUGUAUUUUUUUUUAUGGCCAGUUCUGCACCGUCAAGCCCUUACAGGCAGCUUGUAUCCAUCCGUCUGUAUACUGAGCUGUUUUGUCAGCGAGCAUGUACCAUAGGGAAACACGCAUAUUUCGUGGCUGUCAUUUGUUAACUCAUUUAUUGUUUGUCAGGACGUAAUUGUUUUGGAGUUAUGCCUUGCCUGGCCACCUUUCUGUUUGCACUGCAGUACCACUUCUGUGCAUGAAGGAAGAAAAACAAACAACCCCCCGUCCCCCCAGGCCUUGACUAGGAAGACUGUACGGAGCAAACCUCCCGCUGGAGGAAUCUAGGGUAGGAUUUAUCAUAACAAAACUUGCAUAUUGAGUGGACCAAACAUGAGCGUGUCUCCUUUGAGAGGCACUAAUUUGCUUUGAAGCUGCAGUGGAAAGAGCAGACCAUCUAUUAAAGUGUAUUCACAGCUGUGUUCACGUUUUUCCGUUCACCACAGAACGCAGCAGGCAGCCGAGACUUUAAAAGAAGCAUAAAGUAAGCAGAAGUUAUGAGAGCCUCGGGCCUCAUAGACCUGGACAGCAAAAAUAAUAAUUCAAUUUAGUUUUCUUUUAACAAAGCUUUUCUACUUACAGUACCAAGACUACAUAAGCGGCAGUAGGGGUUUUAUCUUUGUACAGCGCUCAGCUGCCCAGUGCUGCUGUGCUCAGAGCAUUUCAUGAUGGUAUCUACAUCAGUCAGCCUGUUGUUACACUUUAGCCAUCAAAUGCCUGUUUUUAAAGUGUUGACCCUUCCUUUGUUGUUUCUUGCUAGUUGUUUUACAAUGUAAAAUGCUUUAUAGCUAUAUGGAUUUAUUUUUUUUUUUUGUAUUUCCAACACUGUGGCUUUCAGGAUCACAUUUCCAGCACAUCUCUUACUUUUGUCCAUUUUGUUUCAAGCUAUUCUGAAAUAUGUACAGCACUAUCAACAAUAUUUAAUCUUUCUUUUAAAUUUUAUUGUUGCUAAAAUGAUGCUAUUAAAACCAGUAAGUCUUUACAACUGUAUUGGAAUUUCUCAAUAGCUGUUCAUGUGAUGCUAUGACAAACCUGGCUUGCUUUAAUUUUUUUUUUUUAAAUGUUAUUUUCCUUUUAACACAAUUUAUUUGUUGCUUAUUUUCCACCGUAACUCCCAGUUAUAUACAGGAAACUACUUCAACUGUUGUGUAUCUGACUCUUUUAAUUGAGCAAAUGGUGAUGUCCUAGUUUUUAGACCUAAGGUCUGUUUAUUGCAAUACUUUUAAAGGAAGAUGUUGCUCUAAGUGCUGUUGUUAGUUUUAAAUACAGAUUUUAUGCUUGUUCUUAAUAUGCUGUGGUUAAACCAUGGCACAAAAUUAUUAAAAAUCAUGAAAUGCA